AUGCAGGCGGCGAUGUGGAUCAGUUUUGUUGAUGCAUUUUGUCCGAAAGUAUCGUACAUCCUGAAAAUGGACGAUGAUGCAAUGAUCAAUUACUUUGCUCUUGUACAAAUGCUACAGGCACGAAGCAAUCUCACUUCUCAGCUGGUAUUUAAACCCAAAACAUUGGCUUGCAUGGUAUCUUCGGACAAUGCUGUUGCGCGUUGCGGCUCCAAAUGGGCAGUGAUGAAAGACGAGUACCUAGAAGAUUCAUUUCCGCCAUACUGUAUUGGAUGGUACUAUCUGUUAACCAGUGACUUGAUCAAGCCGAUUCUCCGCGAGCUCCCUUACUGCACUUACUUUUGGAUCGACGAUGUGCAUAUCACAGGACAUAUUGCACAAAGAGCUCAGGCGCAUUUCGAGAACUGGACCAAUACAAGCAUGAUGACUAAUCCUAAAAGCAGCGCAAUGAUCGAUGGCCAUGUGAUAUUCAUGCUCACCAAAUCGGUGAAUGAAAGGAAACAAAUAUGGGCAAAGCUUCGACGAAAAUAUGGGCAUGAUGAGCAGGAAAGCGGGAAAACAACCAUCCAGAAAUUUCGGUGA